AUGAACGCAACAGUCAAACGCAAGUUCAACGCCCUAGUCCAAGGCAUAGGAAACACCUCCUCCCCUUCCUCCACUCCCACCGACAACACCAACAACAAUCACAACAACCCUGAUUCCCCUCUUUCAACACCUGGCCUGUCACUAUCCCGAACAAUGACAGCAGAAGACAUCCUCUCCAAAAAGCGACGCGUCAACGGCGGGUCAACUCCCACACCCCCAUCCCGAUUCGCGACACCGCAACCCCAGCGCUCGACAAUCCUGAAUUCCAGCCCGGGAAGUUCGAUUCGUUUGAGCAGUAGUAAUAAUGGAGGGCCAACAACGAUAUCAAACGUCAUGCUCAGGAAAUUCAGCCCAGCUCCACGAGGAGGGGCCUCAGCAAAAGGGGACACAACAAGAGAAAAGAAACAACCGCCUAAAUACUGCCCCGCCGACAGAGGGGAGUUACUCAGGAGACUGGCCACGUUUCAGGAGCUGACGGAUUGGACCCCAAAACCGGAGCGGAUAUCAGAGAUUGAGUGGGCGAAGAGGGGGUGGGUUUGUCUCGGCAAGGAGAGGGUGAAGUGUACGCUCUGUGAGAGGGAGGUGACGGUCAAGAUUGGGAGGGGGAGGGACGUCGAAGGGGAGGUGGGGAGGGAGAUGGAGGCGGAGGUUGUGAAGAGGUAUGAGAGCUUGAUGCAGGGGGAUGGGCACGGGGAGGGGUGUUUGUGGAGGGGAACGGGGUGUGACGAUUCGCUGCUGAGGCUGCCGUUGCCGAACUCGAAGUGGGCGUUGACGGCUUUGCGGGAGAGGUAUGAUGAGUUGUGUCAGAGAAAGGACUUUUUGCCGUACGAGUUCAACUUGAGACUGCCGGAGGGGUUGGAUUUGGAGGUGGUGAUUGGAUAUUUACCAAGGACGUUUUUUACGGAACCGGCACCAGCGGCAGAAGGGGAACAGCGGAAAGAGGGGGAGGUGAAUAGGCCGGCGUUGGCGCUGGCGCUGAUGGGCUGGCAGGGGUUGACGAACCCACGGUUGGGUAACGCGCCGAUUCCUAACAGUGCGAGUUGCCAUACUUGUUUGCGGAGGUUGGGGCUGUGGAUGUUCAAGUCGCGGCAGAUCAACCCUGAAACGAACGAGAUAUUGGAGCCGGCACCAAUGGAUCAUUUGGAUCCGGUAAGAGAGCACAGGUUCUUUUGCCCUUGGAAGAACGGGGAGGUGCAACGGAAUCCAGGGGCCAAGUUACUACCAAAAGGAAGCAAGGAGAAGCCAGCUUGGGAAGUGCUUUUGGAGGUCCUGAAGAAUGAGAGUUUUAUCCGAGAAAGGGUGGAGGGAACGGCUGGAGGGCAUCAUGGGAGGAGUAAGAGCAGUGCUGCUGCUGUUGGGACGUCAAAAACACCCGAGAGACCACGGCCGACGACUGCGGGUGGCACACCAAUGGCAGAUGGGGAGGAUAACCGGGAUGUGCAGGAAGAGGAUGAGGAGGCGAGAAAGAAGAAAGACCAGGAUGUCAUGAGCCGGUUGAGGCGGGUGAAAAGCUUGUUUAAUACCAAGGGAGGGAAGUUGUCGAAGAGGCUGGGUAGUAGUAGGCCCGGGACUUCUGGAUCAAUCGCACCUGGGGAGUAA